GUUAACCCUUCACGUCGUUCGGCAACCAACAACUCUGGGAACGUCACUCUUCCCCCCCUCCUUUCGAUACAAGGCCAAGAUGACUUGAAGCUUCUUUCUUGAAUUCGCAAGUUUCCCUUCGUCGCCUUUGUCACCUUCUUUACCUUCUCUUCGCGGGCAGUGCCCUUUUCUUUUCCAUUCGACCUCCCUCUCAGCUGCGCUGCUUCAUCAAAUCUGUGUCUCGACGACCUAGUUUCAUACCUUUGUGACUUUUCCCUCGACCGUAGACUCGGAUUUUUAGCACUUGAUCAACAAUCAACAAUCCAACCUAACUGUUUACUCAAUACCAAACUCAAAAUGGUCUCUCCUAUGGGCACUCUCAGGAGGCGCGCUAUUCGCCGCCCGAGAUACAUCAGAGACGAUCUGCAGAUUGAGGUCCGCGAUGACAAGGGCGAAAUCUCAUCCGACGAUGAAGAUUCCCCCUCGCCCAAGAGCACCACAUUUCCACCCGGCGCGAGACCAACGGCGCCCCCUCCGCCACCAGCGGUUGGAGUGGCUCCGCCUGCCGUUCUCAACCCCGCCAACCCGACGGAUACGGAGAGCAGCACAUCGAGCGAUUCCCCCUCGCCCACGUCCACCGAGUUCCCGAGACCGACUGAGCCUCCGCGCGGCCCGCAACGUGGAGAAACCGGAGCUACGCCUUUUUCUUCCUCCAUUAGCACCACGACUGAAUCAUCAAGCUCGACUAAGACUCUUCCCACUGCCAUCCCGAACAGCCGCAGCACCACCAGCUUCGAUGCGCAACCGACAGGGGGGACGACCAGGGGAGGCAAUGAGACGGGCCUAGGGAACGACAGGUCUGAUGACAUUGGAUGGACACCGACUGCGAUCGCGUUUGGGACUAUUGCCAUCGCUGCCCUCUUCCUCGUCAUUGGCGUCGGCAUCUGGUGGUGCCUCCGCUACCGAAAGCGCCGUCAAGCCCGCCACCUCUACGAACGAAGCAUCUCUCCCGACAAUCAUCAAUACUGGGAUCCCUCAUCAACCUUCUCACCUCCCACCAUGCCUGCCGCCCGUCCAUCCCGCCGCUCACCCUCAAGCAUCUUUGCCGAACUCAUGGGCCACGCCUACGCCGCAGAGAAUGGCAGUGCAGGAAACGGAACGUACGGCAACGACCGCAACUCGCUUACACCCCAAGGCUACCUUGACGAGAAGAGAUACGAUCCGGCCCGCCAGCUCCCGAUCCUCGAGCCCGCGCCCGUCGCUCAGCCCAAUGUCCGAAACUCCAUCGCCAGCUGGAUCCGUCGCCACCACCCCCUUAAGCUAAACCCCAUGUCCGGCCGGAGCAGUAUGUAUUCCACCCGCAGCGGUUUCGGUGCCAGCACGAACAAUGUCAACGCACCGCCGGUCCCGAACGUACCAGACGCCUACCGCAGCACCGAGCAAGUGCAACAAUCCGGUCUUGCUCCUCCGCCUCAGCAGCGCUAUGCGCCGUCUAGCCAAUAUCACACCGGAAGCCCUUCAACAGACUACAACACCAACUCCCUCUUGUCUCUGUACCAAACUCGACCACCCCAGCAACCCGGUCAACAGCAAGCCCCAGCAGCUCCGUGGCUUCAGGACCCGCCACCAGUCGUCUUCGGCGAGCGUGGCGUCUCCAUGGCCCCGACUGAAGCGACUGAAAGCACCUGGCGAAGCUGGGGCGGCGGCGUAAACAACCCGCCUCAGCACCAGCAGCAAGCGCCGCCCGAGACUCCGCGCAAGGGCUGGAUCGAGAAGUGUAUCAAGUUUGGAGGUCUGAAAUAAUUGGGCUUGUACAAAAGAGCAAAAAGAACAUGGGUUGCUGCGACUAGUUACUUACACCCCCACGCCUGCGAUACCGCAAAAAGCCGA